AGAAGGAACAAUGUGUAGUAGUUUACCGGCUAUGUUACACGUUGGAGCGGCUGCUAACUGGUCUGUCACUCUCUCAGAAGCGGCUCUCGCAAACAGCCUUAUCUGUUGAUAAAAAUCACAGAAACGAAACUACACAAUAUCUUUUUCCAUCUUAAGUAAAGUCAUUUCUACACAAUCGGAAUGAGUAAAACGAAAAAGAAGACGCAGAAUAACAACGAACAGCCGAAACAUGCUAAAAAGUCCGGAGUUACUGAUAACACAAAGAAAGAAAAUACAAAGAAAGAAAAUACAAAGAAAGAGAACACGAAGAAAGAGAAUGGAAAGAAAGAUCAUGUGAAGAAAGAUAAUAUAAAAAAAGAUAAUAUAAAGAAAGACAAUAUGAAGAAAGACAACAACAAAAAAGAGAGCAAAAGGUCUCAAAAGAAAAAAUCUGGUGUCUGCUCAGUGCUUGGCAAAUUCUUGCUUGUUAUUGUGCUCUGUUCCUCAGCAUUUGUCACGUUAUACCUUAUGAAUGAUAAUGUCCGUGAUAUUGUUGAUCCCUAUAUUGAAAAAGCAAAGACAGUUUCAGAUGCCUACAUUGGAAAAGCUAUGUUAACCCUGUUUCCAAAAAGUGAUGCGCCAGACACUGAUACUCCAGAAGAAAAAGUGAAAGAAUCUUACCCGUUAGAAAAUGAUUUUAUUGAUGAUGGUGAAGGAGAAUUACAAGGCAAUUUACCACCUCCUGAUACAAAAGAAUCUGGAUCUUUGGGUGAUGACAAGUUGAAAGAAACUAAAUCACAAAAAACUGCUGAAGCAAUGAAAGAAACAACUGAAAAAAGUCAAAAGGCAGCAGAAAAGGCUAAGAAGGCUGAAGAGGCCAGAAUAGCAGCAGAAGAGGCUAAAAAAGCUGAAGAGGCCAGAAUAGCAGCAGAAGAGGCUAAAAAAGCUGAAGAAGCCAGAAUAGCAGCAGAAGAGGCUAAGAAAGCUGAAGAGGCCAGAUUAGCAGCAGAAGAGGCUAAAAAAGCUGAAGAGGCCAGAAUAGCAGCAGAAGAGGCUAAAAAAGCUGAAGAGGCUCGACAAGCAGAAGAAGCCAGAAAAACUGAGGAGGCUAAAAAAGCUGAAGAGGCUCAACAAGCAGAAGAAGCCAGGAAAGCUGAAGAGGCUAGACAGGAAGAAGAAGCUAGGAGAGCUGAAGAGGCUAGACGGGAAGAAGAGGCUACGAGAGCUGAGGAAGAGGCCAGAAGAGCUGCUGAAGAAGCUAGACGGGAGGAAGAGGCUAGGAGAGCUGAGGAAGAGGCCAGAAGAGCUGCUGAAGAAGCUAGACGGGAGGAAGAGGCUAGGAGAGCUGAGGAAGAGGCUAGACUAGAAGAAGAAGCUAGGAGAGCUGAAGAGGCUAGGAGAGCUGAGGAAGAGGCCAGAAGAGCUGCUGAAGAAGCUAGACGGGAGGAAGAGGCUAGGAGACAGGCAGAAGAGGAGGCUAGGCGGGAAGAAGAAGCUAGACAGGCAGAAGAGGCCAGGAGAGCUGAGGAAGCUAGAGAAGCAGCUGAGGAGGCUAGGAGAAUUGCAGAGGAAGCCAGAGAAGCAGAAGAACUUCGAAGGGCAGAAGCUGAAAAAGCAGCUGAGGAGGCCCGUAGAUCUGCUGAAGAAGCACAACGAGAAGCAGAAGAAGCAAGAAAGGCAGAGGAAGUGAGAAUAGCUGCAGAAGAGGCCAGGAGGGAGGCAGAGGAAGCUAGGGAGGCUGAAAGACAAAAAGAAGCCAAAAGACUAAAAGAGACGGAAGAAGCCAGUGAAAAAAUAGAAGAAUCAAAUAAUUCAGCUAAAUCAAAAAAAAAGUCCAAAAAAAAUGAAUCUUAUAAAAAAAGUGACAUAACCAAUGAAGAUGAUCGCAAAAUUCAAAAAGAACUGGAUGCAGCUGAUGAAUUAUUGGAAAAAGUGAGUCCUUCAAGACGCCUACCAGAUCCUGUCUCAUAUUUUAGUCUCUCAGCACAUGGCACAGAGCCGGGUUAUGGUAUUUUUAAGUGGUUCAAUGAACACAAGAUAAAGUCAUUGAAGUACUUUAGUUUUGUUCUCUACAUUCUGUGUUCAAAUGCAGUUAGCAUUCAUUCGUCUUUCAUUAUUCUAUGUGAAGAAAAACUAUUGUUUCAUGUUGAUGUAGGCUGGACCAAUCGAGCUCUCAAAUCCUUGACCUUCCUGAAUUUACGUUUCCCAAAUAAUAUUGAUGUGAUAAACGAUCUUGGAAUCACCAACUUGAUAUUAGGUCGCAAUGAGGAUGCUAAAAAAUUAUUUAAACAGGUAUUACAAUUUGAUGCUGACAAUGGCUUUGCCUUGGCUCAUUUAGGAUUCAUUAUCAAGGUUAGUGAUAACAAUCCAGCAAAAGCUAUUCCAUACUUGAAGUCUGGUAUUGAAAGUGGAGAUAAGAGUGCAGUUGAUGCAAGAUUCUACUUUCAUCUUGGAGAUGCCUACCAGCGUGUUGGACAUCCGAAAAAGGCUAAAGAAGUUUACGAUGAUGGAGCUGCCAAAAAACUAUUCCUUUCCAGAGACCAGCGUUCUUUAUACAAUGUUGACAGACUUACAGGCAAACCAUGGUGGGAUCCUGAAGAUUUACCUUAUCAAAAUACAAUUGAGACUCUCCAAAAUAACUGGGAAAUGAUUCGAGAUGAGGUCCUGGAAUAUUUUGACAGAUCUGGUACAGAUUUUGUUGAUGAAGCAGAGAACCUUCUAGAUAGAGGAAUGUGGAGACAGAUGACACUCUACCAAAGAGGAGAACGAAAUAAAAAAGGUUGUUUAAAUGUCCUUAAAACUUGUGCAUUACUUGAUAAUUUACAAGAUGCUACCAACUGUAGGAGAGGACAGGUAAAAUUUUCCAUCAUGAAACCAGGUAGUCAUGUAUGGCCACAUUGUGGUCCAACAAAUUGCCGUUUAAGAGCCCAUCUUGGCUUAGUAAUUCCUGGCGGUGUUAAAAUAAGAGUUGGCAAUAAAACAAGGCAUUGGAAAGAAGGGGAAUUUUUAAUAUUUGAUGAUUCUUUUGAACAUGAAGUCUGGCAUCAAGGAAAAGGAAACCGAAUUGUAUUGAUUGUCGAUUUUUGGCAUCCAGAACUGACGGAACAUGAAAAAUCUACACUAUCACCAAUUUAGAAUUUUAGCUUUUUUAUAUUAAUAUUUUUAUUUUUUUCUUUCUUUUUUUUUUAGGAUUCUAAAUAAUUGACAAUGACUUGCCAAAAUAUUGAGAUUAAUUCUUCAUCUUAGUUUUGGACAGAGAUAUUGAGUAUAUUAUUAUUCAUAUUUUGCUUUCCAUUCAUAUUUUUCUACAUUUUAAACCCUAUGGUAUAUUUUUUUCUUUUUUCUGUAAGGAAAAGAAUUGUCUUUCAACUUUUUUUUUUCAUGUUUUUCAAGCAUGGAAAAUAACUUUAAAUAGAAAACUGGUCAUACAAAUAGUAUAUUAGAUCUAAGCAUAUCACAUGUAAAGAACAAAUCUAAGGUUUAUGUACAUAAUGUAUGUGGUGUAUAUAUACAUAUAUGUAUACAAUGUGUAUUUUCAUGCAUUGUUAUAUGCAUAUAUAUGUAGCAACCCAGAUUUCACAUCCACACCUAAAGUUUUUUGUGCAAAUUGUUUUGUUUGGCUGACUGUACUCAUCAGUGGGCUGAAAAUUGUGUGUGUAUAUGAGUAUACACACAUGCACAUGUGCACGCAUGCACAAAUAGACAUACACACUAAAGGUGCUAACUAAAUUUAGGAAAAAAAUUUUCCUUGUCUAUGAAAACUAUGAUACAAUCUUAAUGAAUGUUUAAUUUUUGUUUUCAACACAGUCUAGUCAUUUUUUAUCUUUUUUUUUAAUAUAAAAUUUCAAUCAAAAAUCUCAGAUUUUAUACUUUUUAUUACAUACUUCUCACUCUUGGAUAUUGCAAAUAACAAAUAAUAUACACACUUAACAUGUAUAAAAUGAUACUUUAAAUAUUAAUUGUGAUACAUAAGUGUAAGAAUGUGAGAUGAUACCAUCUAAAGUGAGAAUGAAGAGACAUGAGAAUAGAAGGAAAAUAUAGCUACUGGAAUUCUUUUAAUUUGUUUUUACUUAAGCCAGACACAUUACACACUAAUAUAUAUCAGUGUGUAUAGACAUGAACAAAAUGUUUAAUCUCUUACCAAUAUGUUUCAAACAACAUUAAAUCAGUAAUUUUUUUGAGAUAUAUUAGUUCUAGAAUCACUGAAUACUUAUAUUUUAUCUAUAAUAUUGAAUGAAGACAUUUUAUUUGCUUUUAUAGACUACUAUAGAUGCCACUGAAACUGGUUUUUGUAGACCAUGUUAAUAUUUUUUUUUUCUACUCUUAAAUUAAUUGCUUUAUAUUAUAUUGUUCUGAAAGAUAAUCCUUUACAAGGUAUUUUACCUCACAUUCCACAUUUAGUUGAAAUUAUAAUAGAUUAUUAUACUAACUAAAAUCAGUAACAUCUUAUAGCAUCAGCACACUGUUCAGUUACCUAAGGACCCCAUAGGUUCCUGGGCAAAUGCCCAGUGUGCUGUCAAAAAGUAUUAUAGGACCCAGUGCAUUGGUCUGCCCAGGGGCUUAUAAUGCUGUUAAGAUGUCCCUUACUAAAAUAUAGUUUUACAUAAGCCCACUAAUCAACAUCACCAGUUUUGAAAAAAAAAAAAAGAUAGCAACAGUUAUUAUUAUUGUUGUUGUUUAGCCCGAAGUCUGUUGUGAUAAAACAAACCUAUGAUCAAAUACAUUCUAGCCAUGACUAUCAAAUUUUCUUUUCCAGACACACGUAAGAUUGUAUUAUCUAAUAACUCCUUCCACAUUUUAAGACAAUAGAGUAUAAUUUGAUGGAGAUUUAACUGUUAUUUCUAACAAGUCGAACAACUCUAUAAAUUCCUUUGUUGGCUAAAGGUGGAGUUUGAUUUCUCUUUAUUUUUUUUAUCAGAUAUACUUCUGUAAUAUCUUGUUAACACCAGAUCAGCUCCUUUUUUUAUAUCAAAUUUCUGGAUAAGGACUUGAAAUUGCCUACAUUUUGCUAUUUCAUUUUAAAAACAGUAAUAAAUUUUAAACUACAUAAUCAUCUUUUGUUGUGUCUAGGGAGAAUCAUCAUGCCAAUAUAAUUAACACACACACACUAGUUCAAUUCCACU